AUGUCAUCAGGAAUUAAAUCAGUAGCUAAUGCAUCAAGCAAAUAUUGGAACAAUGUCUACUUCCCAAAUAUGAAGUUGGCUGUCACCAGACAAACACAAAAGACCUUCCAACAAGAUAGAAAACUCAUGUUCAAAUCGGAUUGCUCAGUUGGAAAGAUCGAUGUAAAGAACUAUUUGAAAGCAGUAUACGAUGUAGAAGUACAUAAGGUUAACACUAUCAAUGUUCAAGGUAGAAUCAAGCGUGGUGCUACCAAACACGCAUACAAACAAAGCGAUUACAAGAAGAUCAUCAUCACUGUAGAUCCAAAACAAGUCGAACCAUUAACCAGAAAAUAA